CCAAAAAUCACACUAUGGUGGGUGAAUUCAACCCUUCGUUUCGAAUUCAACACUGAAGUGGCGCUGCCUUCUGUUCUGUUGCUAUGGGGUUUAGGGUUUACUCUGUUACCGUCGUCACUGACUCUUCUUCCGUCUCGUGAAGCGAAUCUGUUACUCAUUCACUGCAUUGCGAACAACAUGGCAUUGCCAACGAAUCGAGAUCAGACUCCCAAAUCUGACUCCACAAACCCCUGCUGUGAACUCUGGAAGAAGAAAUACUUGAAGACCCAAGAAUCGCGGAAUGCUCUGCGACAAGCCGUCAAGGUUCUUGAACAAAAAAUUAACGAAAUCCAGUCCCGCUACAACAAAGUAUGUGGGGUCAAAGUGGAAAGAGAGGAAAAAUUAGGAGAAUUUGUUGCUUCUAGGGCACCUUUAGAGAGUGAAAAUUGCAGCUUGGAGUCUCAGAUUGGUACUCCCAUAACAGAGUUGGGACAUGGCGGUGGUGGAAAUGAGAAUGGGACCUUACAAGCUGAUUGGGAAAAGGAAAUUGGUAGACUGAAGGAGCUUACAGAAGUGGAGAAGGGAAGGGCUGAUUCUGAGAGGAAGAAGGCUGCUGAAGCUUGUAAGUUACUAGAGAAUGAGAAGAAUAAGGUUGUUGAAAAGGAAAAGGAAAUCGGUGGAUUGAAGAGGCUUAUAGAAGUGGAGAAGGGAAGGGCUGAUUCUGAGAGGAAGAAGGCUGCUGAAGCUUGCAAGUUACUAGAGAAUGAGAAGAAUAAGGUUGUUGAAAAGGAAAAGGAAAUCAGUGGAUUGAAGAGGCUUAUAGAGGCAGAGAAGAGAAGGGCUGAUUCCGAGAGCAAGAAAGCUGCUGAAGCUUGCAAGAUGGUAGGGGAUGAGAAGAAUAAGGCUGCGGAAAAGGAGAAGGAAAUGAGUAGAUUGAAGGAGCUUAUAGAGGUGGAGAAGAGAAAGGAUGAUUCUGAGAGGAAGGAAGACACUGAUGUUUGCAAGUUACUUGGAGAAGAGAAGAAAAAGGUUGCUGAAAAGGAAAAGGAAAUUGGUAGAUUGAAGGGGCUUAUAGAGGAGAAGAAAAGAAGGGUUGAUUCUGAGAGCAAGAAAGCUGCUGAAGCUUGCAAGUUACUAGAAGAAGAGAAGAAAAAGGCUUCUGUAAAGGGGGAGAUGGCCAGAAUUGAAGCGGAGAAGGCAGUGAAGUAUAGUUUUCAGAUUGGUCAAUUGGAGAAACAGGUAAAUGAAGCAAAAACAAAGUUGGCGUUUGAGAUUUCUACAUUUAGAGAGGCAACCAAAAAGUUUGAAGCUGAAAAGCGCAAACUAUUAGCUGAGAAAAUAAAUGCUGAGUCAGGGAUGGCAAAAGCAAAUGAAAGGUUAGAGGUUGAAAAACAAAAGGUCGAUGAGGAAAAAAGGCGUGCAGAUGCAGAGAUGGUUAAAUUAAAGGAGCAGAAGGCACUUGCUGAGGAUAACUGGAACAAGUUCAUGAAAGAGAAAUGUCUUGCUGAUCAGAUGUCUCAGCAGUUAGAAGAGGAUAAGCUGGCUAUUGAGGAUUUGAAACGGAAGAUCCAUGAACUCUCAUCCUUGACAAAACCUGUGGAAAUGGCUGCUGACAGCAAGGCCAAUGCUGAAAGUACAGAAGUGAAGCUUUUGAAAAACAAACUUAAGCUGGAAAAGCUAAGAGCAAAACAUACCAGGCAAAAAUAUAAGUUAGAAGCAAGUCGUUAUGGUAUUUUACGGCAUGAUUUAGGUCAUCUAAAGAUGAAUUUCAUUCAAUUUCUACAACGCCUUGAUAUACUGGAUGCAUCCUUUUCACCUGUCGUUGGAAGUAUGCAUGGCCAAACAAAGUUUGAGAAUAUACUAGAUAUGCAGAAUUCAAAUGUCAUGAGACAAAUUUGCAAUCUAAAUUUGUCUGAGACAUGUCGCCAAUUUGAGAAUGAGCUUCUGGAACCCUGCUGCACAACAAUUGAGGCAAGUGAUCCAUUGAGGGAAAACAUGCAGAACACUCAACUCCUCACUCCAGGUGGAAAUUACUCUGAAAAAUCUAUCACAGGUAUUGGUUCUAAAUUAGAGCCUCUUGUUAGAGGAUCCGACAGAACAAAGAUACAGAGUUCUGCAGUAAAUUCCAGUACAGAAUCUUUUUCUGAUGGACAGUUAAUGGGCUCACAGGAUGCAACCAUUUUCCCAGUUACUGCAUCAGCAAAAUUGACUCAGGACUUCAAGCCAUCUGACAAACCUGUUGAUGUGCACCACAGGAAGAGGAAAAGAACGCAGGACACAGUUAAACAUGAUGCAAAUUUAUCUUCUGAGAAACUCUCUGAUUUGCAUGGUUUGAUGCAUAUAAAAGUUGGCAAAUGCUUAGACGGAGGAAAAGAGGUGCUUCAUAAUCUCAAUAAUUUACAGGAAGAGAAUAAAAGGGCCCACAAAAAGAGAAAGAAAUAUCGUAGGGAAAAAGUGGACAUGAUACCUUUGGUUAACAGGGACGAGCAAAAGGGCACAGAAGAGGCCGGCACUGAGGUCUAUGAUGAUGCAAAUGUCUGUAGACACACUUCCUGCCCUGCUCCACAUACUUUAGAAACCUCUCAAGCAUAUGGGGAUAGGAUAUGCGAUGCUGUGAAUAAUUUUGAUACUGUGCCUGAUGGAAAUUAUAUGAAAUUAUUAGAAUUAGAAGAUGCUACCAGUGAGGAAUGCUAUAGAAAAGCAAUGGAUUUUCCCAUUUCUCCAUCUCUUCCUGAAAUUGAAUUUCGUGAAACAUUUGAAGAGGGUAAUUUGACGAAUACCUCUCUAGAGGAAGCACUCCAAGAUGACAUGUUGAGAUCAAGAACAGACCUGUUUACUUCACCUUACUUCGAUGUAAUUAAUGUUGAAAUCAAUUCUAACGAACAAAAAUGUGAUGAUUAUGGAGUUUCUUGUAAUUUACAUAUGCACACUACAGAAAAGUCAAGGACUGCUUUUUCAGUGGAGGAUGGAAUUGGAUCUUUAAACAAUCAACUUCCUGGAUUUUGUGUUGUCUUUUCAAAUAUGGAGGACAAUAGUAUCAUAUCUAGAAUACUUGUUGCUACAAAAAAUUGUAUAGCUCGGUGCAAUUUGGCUACUCAAACAGGCUGGGGGGUUAGUAACAUUCUGACUGUACUUAAAAUGGAAGAAAAGCUCUCACAGAAGGAGAAGGUUUCGGUGCUGUUAACACUUAUGCUGUUCAACUUUGCCAUGACUGCAUCAAAGACAUUUGGAAAACUCUGGGAUGGAAAUUUAUUCCACUGCUUGCAAUCUUAUUCUGAACAUAUUUGUACAGUUAUGUCUGUUGCAGAGACAAGAAUCCUGUUUGUAGAGAAUUAUUCUUUGCACGAGCUGCUUAGCCUCAUUGAAGAUUUUCUUAUUGAGGGAAAAGUAAUAGUAAACAGUGGAGUAGAUGCUGAAACUUUGUCUUGUGAUUUGAGAGCCAAUGAUUUUCUGGAUUGUGUUAAUGAAGUAUCAUCCAAUGUAGCUUCAAGUGAACAAUUGGUGGCAGCAAGUAUUAUAUUAGCGUCAGUAUGUGCGGCGACUGAUUAUGUUGGAUUUAUUUGUGAUGCUUCAUAUCAUAUUCUUCAGUCAUGCAAGUGGGAUUCCCUGAUGGUGCUGACUAUUCUCCAUAUUUUUGCUUAUCUGGGUGGAGAGAAGUUUUUUAACAUCGAUAAUUUUGGAUUAAUGGUGACUGUUUUGAAAUCUCUAAUUAUGUUUCUUGAGGAUGAGAGCCCAUCUGUUGCAUCUGCUUGUCUUCCUUCAAUAAAUCAGCUGCAUGCUGAGUUGUGUAUGAAUGUUAAAUGCCCAUUCUCGGAAGGUGCCGAAUCCAUUGAUGCAGUUGUGUGUUUGCUCUUGGAAGAGAUAAAGCGAAUAAAUUUGUCAGAUUCUGGAUUAAUGUCAGACAAUUAUAAUGACAGACAAUGGUAUAAUCAGGGUGCAGUUCAAUGUGCCAUUAGCAAGAACUGUGAUGUGCCCUGUUUGAAAAAAUGCUUGAUUUCUGCUACUCAACCAGAUGCCCUUAUGAAUGUCAACUUUUGUCGCCUGAAUGAUGUCCUGUCAUUGGUGGAACUGGUUGCAAACAAAAUGAGCUGGCACUGGGUUGAUAUGAAACUUGUUCCUCAGCUUCUGAAUUUACUCGACUCAUGUGUAGAGGAGAACUUUGCUGUUCGUAUAAUUGUUCUUCUAGGUCAACUUGGGAGGACUGGAGUGGAUGUUGGUGGAUAUGAAGAUAACGGAGUUGGAAACCUGAGAUGUUAUUUGUAUACUUAUUUUUGCCGAACCUCUUCCAUGAAAGCAGGUCUUUCUCUUCAAGUUGCCGCGGCCACUACUCUGUUUGACCUUCUUCCUCUUGAUUUUGAAACCCUUUUUCAUACUAAAAUCCAUCUUUCAGCAUAUUCUAAGUCUGUUUCUGACAAUGCUGAAACUUUGAGGAAGUGGUUCUCUGGGCUAGGUAAAGAUCAACAGAAAUUGCUAUCUGAUUUAUUAAAUAAGUAAUUUUUUUGUACUUUCAAAUGAAUUAAAAUAGGAUACCCGAGCCAGUUGAUUUAAUUGGCAAACGCUCUUGGAGAAGUUUUGUAGAUUGAGCAUUUUUUUUUAAAUUAGAUGGCGUUGAUUCAAUCUUUCCGAGAGCCUUCAACAUGACUUGUAAUCUUGUAUGCUGUUGUUGUCUUCUGAAAUUUGUACAUACUCUCUUUUUUUGGCUGUAAACUUGUAAAUUUCUUAUUAUAUUUUAUAGUGAAACUUGUUAUCCCCUUGCAA